AUGAGUUGCAACAUUAAGGAGACGAUUACUGUGUCUAGCAAAGGCAGGAGCAGUGGUGGCAGCUGUAUCAUUGGUGGUGGUGGUGGAGCACGGAUUUCCUCCUAUACGAUAGGCAGUGGCAGAGGUUUUUCUGGAAGGAGUUACUGCGGUGGAGUGAAUUAUGGAGGGGGACUGAGUGUUGGUAGCUUGGCUGGUGGGAGCUAUGGAGGUGGUAACUGCUAUGGCAAUGGCCUUGGUUUUGGCCUUGGAGGCGGUGUGGUUGUUGGUGGUCUUGGUGGCGACUGUCUGCUUUCAUCCUGCGAUGAGAAGGUCACCAUGCAAAAUCUCAAUGACCGCCUGGCUUCCUAUCUGGACAAGGUGAAGUGCUUGGAGAAGGAGAAUGCCGAACUGGAAUGCAGAAUCAGAGAGUGGUAUGCUACACAGGGUCUCUCCUGUGAGCCUCGGGACUACAGCUGCUAUUACAAGGAAAUUGAAGAUCUUCAAAAUCAGAUUGUCUGUGCAACCAUUGAUAACAACAAGAUCAUUCUGGACAUUGAUAAUAGCAGGAUGGCUGCUGAUGACUUCCGUGUGAAGUACGAGACGGAGCUGGCCCUGCGCCAGAGUGUGGAAGCUGACAUCAAUGGCUUACGCCAAGUCCUGGAUCAGCUGACUCUCUGCAGGUCUGACCUGGAGGCACAGCUGGAGUCGCUGCGGGAGGAGCUCUGCUGCCUGAAGAAGAACCACGAGGAGGAAAUGAAUUGCCUGAGAAAACAAUCAACUGGAGAUGUGAGUGUGGAGGUCAAUGCCUGCCCUGGACCAGAUCUCAGGCAAAUCUUGGAGGAUUUGAGAUGCCAGUAUGAAACACUGAUAGCGCGCAACCGCAAGGAAGUUGAGGAUUGGUAUGAGUGCAAGAUUGAGGAGGUGAAUCGGGAGGUUAUUACAAGCGGUCAGGAGGUAGAGACGUGCAACAACCAGGUUACCGAAUUGAGACGCCAAUUGCAAGCUCUGGAAAUCGACCUCCAGGCUCAGCUCAGCCAGAGAAAUAAUUUGGAAUCCUCUCUGGCUGAGACUGAGUGUCAGUACAACACGCUGCUCGGUGAGCUACAGAACCAGAUCACAUGCGUAGAGCAGCAAUUGGCUGAAAUAAGAGCAGAAAUAGAGUGCCAGAACCAGGAAUACAAGACCUUAUUGGACGUCAAGUGCCGUCUGGAGCAGGAGAUUCAGACCUACCGGUGCUUGUUGGAAGGAGGACAGCAGGACCUUAUCCACGGAGGAGGAAUCGGAACUGGCGUAGGAGGAGGAGUCAUUAGGACAAGUCACACCUAUACUACAACUUCAUCUUCCCAUUGCCAGCCCCAGGUCCCAGCCUGCAAGACUGGAGAUAUACAGGUGACCUGCAGGAGAAUCUGUGAUUAA